GGGUCUAUAUUGGGGCCACUAUUCUUCUUACUCUAUAUUAAUGAUCUACCUGCAUGUCUGAGUCAAACAAAACCACGGCUGUUUGCUGAUGAUACAAAUAUUACAGCAGCUGGAGAAUGCUUAAGUGAUCUUGAAGAUGCAGUAAACUCAGAUUUAGAAAUGCUUCGUAAAUGGCUCAUGGCAAACAAACUGAGCUUGAAUGUGGCGAAAACUGAAUUUCAAAUUAUUGGUACUAAACAGAUGCUGAAGAAAGCUUCUGUUCAGCAACUUAAAAUUCACAUUCAAAACAUACCCAUAAAGCAG